AUGCGCCUCUCCAUCCUCACCACCAUCCUCACCCUCCUCCACCUCCACCUCACCACCGCCGCCAUCCUCCCCCACCACAAAUCCAACCUAGAACUCCUCAAAUCCCUACCCAAACCCUACCCAAAGCCCACCAACCCCUUCCCAACCCCCGCCAACAACACCAACAGCAACUCAACCACCUACCCAACCCCCAAAACCUACGCCCUCCUGCUCUUCCCCACCUUCGAGAUCCUCGACGCCUACGGACCCAUCGAAAUCCUUCAAUUCGUCGGCCACUUCCACCCCACACGUCUCCUCAUCUUUUCCCUCCAAGCCCCAUACUCCUCCGGUCUCGCACCCGUCCUCACUGCCCCGAGUCUAGCGUCGUCGCCCAUCAACAACCCCCUGAACAGCAGUUUCUACCCGACCUUCAACCCCACCCAUCCGAUCCCCACCACGGACCAGCAGUGGGAAGAGAUGCGCGAGGUGCUGGAGAGCGUGGAUGUCCUGAUAGUACCCGGCGGUGAUGGGGUGUACAGUCCUGAUUUGGAAGGAGAGGGUCGGGAGCUGGACUUUUUGAGGAGAAUGGUGGGGGAGGAUAAGUACCUGGUGACGGUGUGUAUUGGUGCUGCGGUGGCGGCGAGGGCGGGCGUGCUGGAUGGGCGGAGGGCGACUACGAAUAAGAUGGUUUGGGGCGAGGUGACGGCUUUGGGAGACAAGGUUAAGUGGGUCUCGCCGGCUCGAUGGGUGGUUGAUGGUAACGUAUGGUCUUCGUCAGGAGUCACGGCGGGUUUGGACUUGACCUUCGAGUUCGUCAGGCAGAUGUACCCGGACGGAGUGGGCAUGGCAAAUUUGAUUGCUGGAGCGAUAGAGCAUGAGCCGGUGAUGGAUUGGAGAUAUGAUCCGUUUGCUGAACGGUUUGGUGUUCCGCCGCAAAAUUAGGGGGCAGUGAUGUUAGGGGUGUGACUGGCAAGGGGGUGACAGAGGGAUACUAUGUCUUGGGUGAAG